CCUUUCAUCACGUAUCAGUGGUCAACAUUGUUAACUGCGAAUGAAUCAGAAUCCAUCAAAAAUUAGAACUAUUUCCAGUCUGGCAAAAAUUCAGCUCUGGUUGAAUCCAAACAUUGUGCUGAAGCAGCUAAGUCAUUCAAUUGAGGAGAUUAAUUACAUGUUAUAAUCAAUACGUUCUCUUGACACUUCAGUGUUAGGGAACAUCGGCAAGACCCAUCCCAGGAGAGCUUGAAGGAAGCCUUUGAAAGGGAGAAUGAAGGAGCAUCUUUGCAAAAUAGCUCCUGCAGCCUGGGAAAGGAGACUAAAAAGGAAAACAUGUUCCUUCAGUCGUCAAUGCUGACCUGCCUUUUCCUGCUAAUAUCUGGUUCCUGUGAGUUAUGCACUGAAGAAAAUUUUUAUAGAAGCUAUCCUUGUGAUGAGAAAAACCAAAAUGACUCAGUUAUUGCAGAGUGCAGCAAUCGUCGACUACAGGAAGUUCCCCAAACGGUGGGCAAAUAUGUGACAGAACUAGACCUGUCUGAUAAUUUCAUCACACAUAUAACGAAUGAAUCAUUUCAAGGGCUGCAAAAUCUCACUAAAAUCAAUCUAAACCACAACCCCAAUGUACAGCACCAGAACGGAAAUCCUGGUAUACAAUCAAAUGGCUUGAAUAUCACAGACGGGGCAUUCCUCAACCUAAAAAACCUAAGGGAGUUACUGCUUGAAGACAACCAGUUACCCCAAAUACCCUCUGGUUUGCCAGAGUCUUUGACAGAACUUAGUCUAAUUCAAAACAAUAUAUACAACAUAACUAAAGAGGGCAUCUCAAGACUUAUAAACUUGAAAAAUCUCUAUUUGGCCUGGAACUGCUAUUUUAACAAAGUUUGCGAGAAAACUAACAUAGAAGAUGGAGUAUUUGAAACGCUGACAAAUUUGGAGUUGCUAUCACUGUCUUUCAAUUCUCUCUCACAUGUGCCACCCAAACUGCCAAGCUCCCUACGCAAACUUUAUCUGAGCAACACCCAGAUCAAAUACGUUGGUGAAGAAGAUUUCAAGGGAUUGAUAAAUUUAACAUUACUAGAUUUAAGUGGGAACUGUCCGAGGUGCUUCAAUGCCCCAUUUCCAUGCGUGCCUUGUGAUGGUGGUGCUUCAAUUAAUAUAGAUCGUUUUGCUUUUCAAAACUUGACCCAACUUCGAUACCUAAACCUCUCUAGCACUUCCCUCAGGAAGAUUAAUGCUGCCUGGUUUAAAAAUAUGCCUCAUCUGAAGGUGCUGGAUCUUGAAUUCAACUAUUUAGUGGGAGAAAUAGCCUCUGGGGCAUUUUUAACGAUGCUGCCCCGCUUAGAAAUACUUGACUUGUCUUUUAACUAUAUAAAGGGGAGUUAUCCGCAGCAUAUUAAUAUUUCCAAAAACUUCUCUAAACUUUUGUCUCUACGGGCAUUGCAUUUAAGAGGUUAUGUGUUCCAGGAACUCAGAGAACAAGAUUUCCAGCCCCUGAUGCAGCUUCCAAACUUAUCAACUAUCAACUUGGGUAUUAAUUUUAUUAAGCAAAUCGAUUUCAAACUUUUCCAAAAUUUCUCCAAUCUGGAAAUCAUUUACUUGUCAGAAAACAGAAUAUCACCACUGGUAAAAGAUACCAGGCAGAGUUAUGCAAAUAGUUCCUCUUUUCAACGUCAUAUCCUGAAACGACGAUCAACAGAUUUUGAGUUUGACCCACAUUCGAACUUUUACCAUUUCACCCGUCCUUUAAUAAAGCCACAAUGUGCUGCUUAUGGAAAAGCCUUAGAUUUAAGCCUCAACAGUAUUUUCUUCAUUGGGCCAAACCAAUUUGAAAAUCUUCCAGACAUUGCCUGUUUAAAUCUGUCUGCAAAUAGCAAUGCUCAAGUGUUAAGUGGAACUGAAUUUUCAGCCAUUCCUCACGUCAAAUAUUUGGAUUUGACAAACAAUAGACUAGACUUUGAUAAUGCUAGUGCUCUUACUGAAUUGUCCGACUUGGAAGUUCUAGAUCUCAGCUAUAAUUCACACUAUUUCAGAAUAGCAGGGGUAACACAUCAUCUAGAAUUUAUUCAAAAUUUUACAAAUCUAAAAGUUUUAAACUUGAGCCACAACAACAUUUAUACUUUAACAGAUAAGUAUAACCUGGAAAGCAAGUCCCUGGUAGAAUUAGUUUUCAGUGGCAACCGCCUUGACAUUUUGUGGAAUGAUGAUGAUAACAGGUAUAUCUCCAUUUUCAAAGGCCUCACGAAUCUGACACGUCUGGAUUUAUCCCUUAAUAGGCUCAAGCACAUCCCAAAUGAAGCAUUCCUUAAUUUGCCAGCGAGUCUCACUGAACUACAUAUAAAUGAUAAUAUGUUAAAGUUUUUCAACUGGACAUUACUCCAGCAGUUUCCUCGUCUCGACUUGCUUGACUUACGUGGAAAUAAACUAUUCUUUUUAACUGAUAGCCUAUCUGACUUUACAUCUUCCCUUCGGACACUGCUGCUGAGUCAUAACAGGAUUUCCCGCCUACCCUCUGGCUUUCUUUCUGAAGUCAGUAGUCUGGUGCACCUCGAUUUAAGUUCCAAUCUGCUAAAAACAAUCAACAAAUCCACACUUGAAACUAAGACCACCACCAAAUUAUUUAAGUUGGAACUACACGGAAACCCCUUUGAAUGCACCUGUGACAUUGGAGAUUUCCGAAGAUGGAUGGAUGAACAUCUGAACGUCAGAAUUCCCAGACUGGUAGAUGUCAUUUGUGCCAGUCCUGGGGAUCAAAGAGGGAAGAGUAUUGUGAGUCUGGAGCUAACAACUUGUGUUUCAGAUGUCACUGCAGUGAUAUUAUUUUUCUUCACGUUCUUUAUCACAACCAUGGUUAUGUUGGCUGCCCUGGCUCACCAUUUGUUUUACUGGGAUGUUUGGUUUAUAUAUAAUGUGUGUUUAGCUAAGGUAAAAGGCUACAGGUCUCUUUCCACAUCCCAAACUUUCUAUGAUGCUUACAUUUCUUAUGACACCAAAGAUGCCUCUGUUACUGACUGGGUGAUAAAUGAGCUGCGCUACCACCUUGAAGAGAGCCGAGACAAAAACGUUCUCCUUUGUCUAGAGGAGAGGGAUUGGGACCCAGGAUUGGCCAUCAUUGACAACCUCAUGCAAAGCAUCAACCAAAGCAAGAAAACAGUAUUUGUUUUAACCAAAAAAUAUGCAAAAAGCUGGAACUUUAAAACAGCUUUUUACUUGGCUUUGCAGAGGCUAAUGGAUGAGAACAUGGAUGUGAUUAUAUUUAUCCUGCUGGAGCCAGUGUUACAGCAUUCUCAGUAUUUGAGGCUUCGGCAGCGGAUCUGUAAGAGCUCCAUCCUCCAGUGGCCUGACAACCCGAAGGCAGAAGGCUUGUUUUGGCAAACUCUGAGAAAUGUGGUCUUAACUGAAAAUGAUUCACGGUAUAACAAUAUGUAUGUUGAUUCCAUUAAGCAAUACUAACUGACGUUAAGGCAUGGUUUCGCGCCAUAAUAAAGAUGCAAAGGAAUGACA